ACUCCCAUUGCUAUCUGUAAAUGAUAAUGGAAUGACACGUCGUCGGAAUGCAAACCAGAAGCCUCCAGUCCUCGGUGUUUUAAUACACACUACUAUCAUAGACUUUCUUAGGUCUCCCCUGUCAAAUUCAACAAACCCUAAACAGCCAAACCAAAGAUCAUGGCUUGGAAGCGCCUUCUAACCCUGUCUCGCCGCUCCCACAGACCCCUUUCCACCACCGCAUCCAGGUCCUUUUCCGAUGCCGCCGUCUCCACCGCCAGUCCCUUGACUUCACCAACCCCACCACCACCAACCGCCAUGAUCUACGACCGAUUAGCUGAAUCGGUCAAAUCAAAGCUCAAAAUCCUCGAAAACCCGGACCCAAGAUUCCUCAAAUACGGGUCACCCCACCCAACUCUCAAAACGCAUACCCAUAUCCUCUCUGCACCCGAGACCCGCAUCACUACCCUCCCUAAUGGUCUCCGUGUCGCUACAGAGUCGAAUCUCGCUUCGAAGACCGCAACGGUCGGGGUUUGGAUUGAUGCCGGGUCGAGAUUUGAGUCCGAUGAGACAAAUGGGACUGCUCAUUUUUUGGAACAUAUGAUAUUUAAGGGGACGGAGAAGAGGGGUGUGAGGGAGUUAGAAGAGGAGAUUGAGAAUAUGGGAGGUCAUUUGAAUGCGUACACGAGUAGAGAACAGACUACAUAUUAUGCUAAGGUUAUGGAUAAAGAUGUCAAUAAAGCCUUGGAUAUUUUGGCUGAUAUUUUGCAGAAUUCUACUUUCGACGAGGAGCGGAUGUCUAGGGAGAGGGACGUUAUUACUAUGGAAAUGAAGGAGGUUGAGGGGCAAACCGAGGAAGUAAUUUUUGACCAUUUGCAUGCAACUGCUUUCCAAUACUCUCCUUUAGCUCGAACUAUUCUGGGACCUGCUAAAAAUAUUGAAACAAUAUCCAGAGAUGACAUUCGGAACUAUAUACAAACACACUACACAGCUCCUAGAAUGGUGAUUGUCGCCUCAGGAGCUGUGAAGCAUGAGGAAUUUGUUGGAGAAGUAAAGAAGUUGUUUACUAAGUUAUCAUCUGAUCAAACCACUGCUGCACAGUUAGUUGCCAAAGACCCUGCAUUUUUCACUGGCUCUGAGGUUAGGAUAAUUGAUGAUGAUAUUCCUCUGGCACAAUUUGCGGUUGCUUUUCAAGGAGCAUCUUGGACAGAUCCAGAUUCCAUUGCUUUGAUGGUCAUGCAGGCUAUGUUGGGUUCUUGGAACAAGAGUGCUGGAGGUGGAAAGCACAUGGGCUCUGAACUAGUUCAAAGGGUUGCCAUUGAUGAAAUAGCAGAAAGUAUGAUGGCGUUCAACACAAACUACAAGGACACUGGUCUUUUUGGUGUUUAUGCUGUUGCUAAGCCAGAUUCCUUGGAUGAUUUAGCCUGGGCGAUCAUGCAUGAGACAACUAAGUUAUGCUAUCGAGUUUCAGAAGCUGAGGUCACUCGUGCUUGUAACCAGUUGAAAUCUUCCUUGCUACUUCACAUUGAUGGAACUAGUCCUGUAGCCGAAGAUAUUGGGCGCCAGCUACUUACUUAUGGUCGAAGAAUCCCAUUUGCUGAACUGUUUGCAAGGAUUGAUGCUGUUGGUCCAAGCACUAUAAAACGAGUUGCCAGCCGAUUUAUUCAUGACCAGGAUAUUGCAAUUGCUGCCAUGGGUCCCAUCCAAGGGUUGCCUGACUACAACUGGUUCAGACGCAGGACUUACUUAAACCGCUACUAGAUUGUCAUGCCGUUGUUUAUUGCUGCAUCCUUUUGUUUUGGGCAGUUGCCAAACAUUUUGUUGCUUUUACACAACCGAUAUGGCUGCCGAAGUCCAAUUAUUUUUUUAGGUUCUUGCGUCUGUAAUGGUAUCAUUGUUACCAUAAUAAGAAUGCAGUCUCCAGUAUAUGUCCAGGCUGUUAAAAGGGAUUUCUAAUUAUAAGUUUUUUUUGGUUGAUA